AAUUAUUGGCGUUUUGGGGUUUCACAAUUAUUGUCCUUCUUCAACCUCACUCAGCUCGUUUAACCACCGCCACUCCAAACCCACACUCCUCCACCGGAGAAACUUAUAAGACCCGAAGUUGUUGAAAGGGUUGGUGUUGAAAAUCAAGAUCCAAUUGUCAAGUGUACAGGUAUGAACUUAUAUAAUAGCAUUCUUAGCUUGCUCGAUGAGGUUAGACAUAUGGGUUUGAUCUAUUAUCCUCUCUUAUAGCUUGAUUUGGUGAGUUCAUUUCAAGAUAUAAUUAAUGUAUGAGAAGAGACAUUGAUCAUCAAGUGUUAAUUUGAUGGACUUUAGCAACUUUAGGCCCGAAUCGCAUGUUGCCCAGCAAAGCCGGCGCGAUAAGUUGAGAGUUCAGCAGAGUUCAACAACAGCCCAAUCACAGCAUUUAGAGGACUACCCUAACAAUCAGGGACUAAACCCAGAUGUUUUUCAGGUCCCCAAUGUUAGGUACGGCAAUAUAUCCUAUAACCCGGCUAUGUUUUCUUCUCAAAUGCUCAAUUUCGCAGUGACAAAGGAUGCUAUGGAGGUGGUGCAUCAAGAAUCUAUUGGCGUUCCGCCUGAUCAUAGGCAGAUUGCCGACGAAAUUACUUCUGUUGCUAACUCAACACACCCAAUAUCAUCACCUAAAGUCAGUGGUGGGCCACAAAGUUGUGGGACUUGGAAAAGUAUUGGUGGUUCACAGCAAAGUUGUGAUUGGAUUGGUAAUUAUUCAAGUGGAUUAACUAGCAGUGAAAGCAAUCACAACAACCCACUGUUUGUAAACAGCAUUGCUUCAUCUAGUUUCAGUGGGUAUCAAUAUGUUGUACAGUCCUCUUUAAUCAAUUCAUCUAGUGAAAUUUCAAGUCAAAAUAGGGAAAAGGGUUAUGAGGAAAUGCAAUUUAAUUCUCUUCCACUUUACCAAAACGCCCAGCUAGCAGCUGGGGUUACAUUGGCCACAGCUGGCCCUGGUUCUUGGUCCGAUGGUGGGAAUGAACUUCCUCUUCUUCCAAAUUGUGGUGAUCAAUCCAUUCCUUUGCGUCUUAAUGACGCUUCUUCUGCAUGGAUGAGUAGGCCGGAGGAGGGUUGUCAUCAUCAGUGGAGUACCAGCGAAUUGGGUUUUCUAGCAAGUAAGAGUGAUAGGGACUUGAGGAGCGUUGCGAGCGAUUCUAACACACACGGUUUAUCUCUAUCUCUUUCACAUGGUGGUCAAUUUGGAGAAGAUUUACACUCCGGAACCACUGGUGUUUUCAAUGAUCUUCGCAACUUGAAACCAUCCAUUGACAGUGGUAAAAAUACUUGUCAAGACAUGAUAAGGUCAUCUACCUUUACUCAUCGAAAUACCGGUCCUCUGGGGCCUUUCACGGGCUAUGCAACUAUACUUAAGGGUUCAAGAUUUUUGAAGCCUGCCCAGAAGCUGUUGGAUGAAAUUUGUAUUGGGAGUGACCGAGAGAAACCCAUCAAAAAAAGUGAGGUGUCUGAUAAGGUUUCUGCAGAUGCUGGUAAUGCUGCUAAGUCUAUGGUUGGACUUGGCGAUAAGGGCGGUGAUCACUCAGGUGUUUUGUCAUCCACAAUUUAUAGUUCAAACGAAAUUAGGGGGGAAGGUGGUGUUGGCAGCAGCUCAAGUGAAUCUUAUGGGCCUGAAUUUCAGCAAAAGAAGGCAAAGCUGUUAUUUAUGCAGGAGGAGGUUUGCAGAAGGUACAAACAGUAUCACCAGCAGAUGCAAAUGGUUGUUUCAUCAUUUGAGUCGGUGGCUGGGCUUAGCGCUGCCACACCUUACAUUUCUUUGGCUCUGAAGACAGUGUCAAAGCACUUCCGAUGCCUAAAGAAUGCCAUCUCAGACCAGCUUAGGUACAUAAGAAAAGCCUUGGGGGAGGACUUGUCAUCUCCCACCACCUGUGCAAGCAGUAGAAAAGGUGAUGAUAGAAGUACAUCGAAGUUAACAUUUGCUGACCAUAGCUUUUCAAAGCAAAAGUCUGGUGGCGGCAAUCUCAGCUUCUUUGAAGCCCAACAGCACAUCUGGAGGCCUCAGAGAGGCCUACCGGAACGUUCUGUGGCCGUUCUUAGAGCCUGGCUAUUUGAACACUUUCUUCACCCGUAUCCAACUGACACAGACAAGCAAAUGUUGGCCAAUCAAACUGGACUAUCCCGAAACCAGGUAUCAAAUUGGUUCAUUAAUGCCCGAGUCCGGGUGUGGAAGCCCAUGGUUGAAGAAAUACACAUGCUUGAAACCAAAGGUUUGGCGGAACCCAACUCAAACAUGAGCAAGAAUGAUGGGAGACCUGCUGCUGAAGGUGCCGGCUGUUCAAACAGUGAUCAAAUCAUAAGCAGGCUCGGUGUAAUUUCUACUCCAGGUGAGCAAGUUGAGUGCCUUCAGAUUGGAUCCUUAUCGGGCACAGGAGUUGGACAGAACGCUGCAGAGCAAUGGAAUCAGGAUAAACGGUCCAGAUUGCACUGUCAAAUCCCGGCUAGCAUGGAUGGUUCUUUGAUGGGUGGUUUUGUGCCGUACCAGCGUAGUGGGCUUGAGAUUGGCGGGCUUGGAGCAGUGUCGCUCACGUUGGGCCUCAGGCAAAGUGCAGAGAGCUCACAGCAGCAGCAGCAGCAAUUGCAACAACAACAUGAACAUCAGCUUAUGCAGCAUUUUGGAGGUCAGAUGAUUCAUGAUUUUGUUGGUUAAUAUAUGCACAGCUAAAAGUCAAACAAGUGAAUAAAAGAUAAGAGGAUUGUUUUGAAAAGGAAAAAAAAGAAACAAAAAGGGUUUGAAUGAAUACGCGAUCGUAGCGGUAGGUAGGAGAUGAAUUAAGGUCAUGUAUGAUAGUGGUUUUAAGGUGAAGAGUCAAAUCCAUGAACAUGAAAUUUACAAAGAUGUGUUAAUGAGGUGUUUAAAUGGAAAUCAAGAAAGAGGAUGAAGUAUCUCUUGUGUGUUUCUCA